CAAACAGUAAAGAAAUGGGUAGUGCGCGACGCGAUCGUCAGGACAGGCUGGACAGCGACGCCGAGGCAUCUCGCUCCAGACGUUUCUGCCAUGUCCGAGCUCGCCAGAUUUAUCCAGUCCUCCAUUCCGUCCUCCCUCCCUCCCUUUCGCCGCUUCCAGAUAAGGCGCUGCUUCGCCAGGAACAGAGCGACGACUCUCUCUACUACCGCCAGUCCGAGACGAUGGCGGGAUCCAAACCUCAGAGGAGGGUUCUGCUGCUGUGCGGAGACUACAUGGAAGACUACGAGGUGAUGGUCCCGUUCCAGGCGCUUCUCGCGUACGGAGUGUCCGUGGACGCCGUUUGCCCCGGGAAGAAGGCCGGCGAUGCCUGCCGCACCGCCGUUCACCAGAUGGGCGCUCACCAGACUUAUUCUGAGUCUUGGGGGCACAAUUUUACAUUAAAUGCCACAUUCGCUGAAAUUGAAUUCAAUGCCUAUGAUGGCCUAGUCAUACCAGGAGGACGAGCUCCGGAGUAUCUUGCGAUGGAUCAAUCUGUUGUAGACUUGGUCAGCAAAUUUUCUCAUGCUGGAAAGCCAAUUGCCUCUAUUUGUCAUGGCCAAUUGAUAUUGGCUGCUGCAAAUGUUGUUAAAGGUCGCAAGUGCACAGCAUUCGCUCCUGUGGGACCUGUACUGAUUGCUGCAGGUGCUCACUGGGUUGAACCUGAGAACAUGUCGCUCUGUAUUACUGAUGGCAAUCUUGUGACUGGGGUUGCAUACACUGGACAUCCUGAGUUCAUCCAGUCUUUUGUGAAGGCUUUGGGUGGCAGCAUUACUGGGUCGGAAAAACGGAUCUUAUUUUUAUGUGGGGACUACAUGGAAGAUUAUGAGGUAACCGUACCUUUUCAGUCUCUUCAAGCUCUAGGGUGCCAUGUUGAUGCAGUCUGCCCCAAGAAGAAGAGUGGUGACACUUGCCCAACUGCAAUUCAUGAUUUUGAAGGUGACCAGACUUACAGCGAGAAACCUGGCCAUGAUUUUACUCUUACAGCUGACUUUGAGGGUUUGGAUGCCUCAAGUUAUGAUGCCCUUGUCAUCCCUGGAGGUCGUGCCCCAGAAUAUUUGGCCUUGGAUGGGAAAGUGAUUGCUCUAGUUAAGGACUUCAUGGAGGCCAAGAAGCCAGUUGCCUCCAUUUGCCAUGGGCAGCAGAUUCUGUCUGCUGCUGGUGUUCUCAAGGGGAAGAAAUGUACGGCAUAUCCUGCUGUGAAGCUCAACGUGGUACUAGCCGGUGCCACAUGGUUAGAACCUGAUCCAAUCGAUCGCUGCUUCACUGAUGGAAACUUGGUCACAGGAGCGGCUUGGCCUGGUCACCCAGAGUUCAUUUCUCAGUUAAUGGCACUAAUGGGUAUAAAGGUAACCUUUUAGCCGACGUUCGUGCUUGUACAUGUAUCAAAUAAAUAGCAUGGAGUCUACUUCUGUGCUGGCUAUAAGAAGGAAGAAUGAGAGAGGUGUGUGUUAUGUGAAUGAAGGAUGGGAUAGGUGUGUUCUGUGAGUUCUGUGAAAGGAGAAAGAGAGAGGUGUGUGUUCUGUGAGUCACUUGGAACGGUACAUGGCCCUGGAUGUUGACAGAGUUUUGCACUGAGAAGUUUUCUGUUAUAUAUGGCCGAUUAGUGAAUAUCACAUGUUGAUUAGUCAA